AUGGGCAUCACAGAGAAGUUUCUCCCCAAGGAUGAUCGUUUUGCCGCAUUGUUACUUUAUGGCAUGGUCUUUUCGACCUGCUUCAAUGGAUAUGAUGCCGGUAUCAUGACGGUCAUUUUGGCCAACAAGCAGUUUAUCGACUACUAUGGAAUCAAUGAUGCUAAAUCUGGACUAGUAGCUGUGAUUCCGUGGGCGAUGACAGGUAUUUCACUUGAAACUCCUGAUCUUUCUGGUGUCGCCCAACUAUAUUUAGGGGGUACGCUUGCCGGAUGGCUAGGACGUCUGUGGGCUCUGCGAAUUUCCAUUUGUAUCAUGAUCGUCGGCGUGAUCGUCCAAGUUGUUCCAAACAGCUUCGGGGUCUUGAUACUUGGUCGUCUUUUGACAGGUUUAGGAUUCGGCUGUGUUUAUAUUGCGACUAACCUAUACGUCGCCGAAUGUGCACCCACCAAGCUUCGAGGUAGCUUUGUUGGUACUGUAGCACAAUUUGGAUAUCAACUGGGUACCCUUAUUGCCUUUUGGGCUGGCUAUGGGAUGUCCUUCCACACAAAGCCCUAUAAUAUUGCAUGGCGGGUAUCCAAUGUUAUCCAGAUUCCUAUUGGAAUUGCCUUCAUAGUUGUCUCUUUCUUUUACCCGGAGAGCCCCCGAUUCAUGCUGGAGAAAUACCCAGAGACACCUGAUCAAGCCCUCAAGGUAUUGAGCAGAUUGAGAUCAGGAGCACCGACAGAAGAGCGCAUUCGCACUGAGUUUCACGAGCUGGUUGCCUCUUAUGAAUUCAGACGACGAUAUGAGCCUGGUUAUGUUGGUCUUCUCAAAGACAAAAGUAUGCGGAAACGCCUUGUUUAUGGAUUCUAUAUCGCAAGUCUUCAGCAGUGUGGUGGUAUUGCAGCACUUACUAUGUAUGCCACUCUCAUCUAUGAGAGUCUCGGAUGGAACUCUGGCUCGCAAGCACUGGCUAUCAAUGGUAUUCAGUCUUGUCUACAACUACUCAUUGUUUUGGUGAAUACUUUCACUGUGGAUCGAUUUGGCCGAAGACCUCUGCUACUCGCAGGUUUCUGCAUUCAGUCAAUAGCAUUGUUGAUCAUGGCCAGUCUCUGUACUGCAUUUCCAACCAACGGCAACCGAGCUGCUGCUAUUGUGGAGGUCGCCAUGCUGUUUAUAGUUGGCUUGACGUACUGUUGGUCUAAUGGCCCUAUCCCAUCUGCAGUCAUCGCAGAGAUCUUUCCACAACAUGUUCGAGACAAGGGAUUUGGAUUGUCAAUGCUUGGUCAAACGUGUUGGCUUAUCCUAUUAACGGAGUCAUGGCCAUCUUUCAAUACCAAGGUUGGGGGCAGAAGCUACUGGCUGCUAGCUGCUCUCAAUGUGCUUGCUGGGAUUUCCGUUUAUUUUAUUCUUCCAGAGACUAAAGGAAUCUCCUUGGAGCGCAUGGAGAAAAUAUUUGGAGGUGUUGAUUAUGUCGAGGCAGGAGAGUGUGAAGGGGUGCCAGAGAAGCGUGAAGCCCAGGCCUUGGUGACCGAAGACAGUGAAAAGGGUGCAACUAAUCAUGUGGAAGCUACUACGAUUGAAGGCCGGUAA